AUGGGUAGCGUAGAGGUUCUCGACGUGCUUAUUGUGGGUGGAGGACCGGUUGGUCUCGCCCUUGCGCUAGACCUGGGACGCCGUGGAAUGCGUUCGACCAUCGUGGAGCGCAAUUCUGGCACUGGAACCGAUCUCCAGGCCAAAGCAAGCGUUAUCGACGAGCGCACUAUGGAAUUCUGCCGACUUCUCGGCGUUCGAGACGAUGUUGCCAACGCAGGCUACCCUGAAGAUCUCCCCGGCGACACCGUCUUCUGUACGCGUCUGAAUGGCCACUUCAUCGGCCGCCUUGUCAUGUCUUCGGCUCAGGACCGGGAACUUCCCCCGCAAUCUGCUGAGAUGCUCAGGCGCUGUCCGCAGAUGUGGUUUGAUCCGAUCCUUGCUCGCGCUGUCGUCCGUCAAGGGAAGGCAGAUAUCCGGUACGGCGUAGAGCUGGUCGGAUUUGACCAGGAUGAUAACGGCGUGACCUGUCGCCUCAAGCAUGUCAACAGCGGCACGGCGGAAGAGGUUCGAGCCCGAUACAUGGUGGCAUGCGACGGUGCUGGCAGCAUCGUGCGCAAGGAACUCGGCAUUUCCUUCGAUGGGAAGAACCUUGGGUACGCGAUCAGCGCCAUUGUUCGCGUCGACCUCUCACGCUAUCACUCCUUCGGCGCGGCGGAGCGCUAUAUGUUUAUCAGUCCGGACGGGACCUGGGGAAAUUUCACGACGAUCGACGGUCGGUCGCUGUGGCGGUUUUCUGUGGUCGGUGGGAGCGAGAAGAUCGAUCUGGCAAACUUUGACAUGCAUGCAGUCCUGCGGAAGGCCUUUGGACAUGACGACAUUGAGUACGAGCUUAUCAAGGUGGUCCAGUGGCGACGCAGUCAGUUUACGGCCGAAAAAUACCACCAGGGCCGGGUUUUCCUGGCCGGAGAUGCUGCACAUACCAUGUCUCCCACGGGUGGCCAUGGCCUGAACACCGGUGUGGGUGACGUGAUGGGCUUGAGCUGGGUGCUGCAGGCACUGCUGGAAGGAUGGGGAGGACCCGGCCUUGUUGCAGCAUACACCACCGAACGCCGGCCGAUUGCCCUUCGCAACGGGCAGGGCUCGACUCGCAACUUCUCGAUCUGGAUUGACCGGAGCGGCCGAGAUAAGGUUCUGGACGAUGGAGAGGACGCGGAUGAGCAGAGACGUGCCCUUGGUGAGAAAAUGGCUGCGAACAUGCGCCAGGAGUUCCAGUCUCUGGGCCUGGCGUUGGGAUAUAGCUAUGCAGACUCGCCGCUCAUUGUGCCAGACGGUUCAUCUGCACCACUCGACGACCCGGACAUCUACAUCCAGACAGCGCGACCGGGUCAUCGUGCUCCACAUUACUGGUUGAAAGAGGGGCAGUCAACGAUUGAUCUGUUUGGCACCGGUUUUGUUCUGCUUCGCUUCGGUCCGGAUGUAGAGGGCGACAAGAGAAUAGAGGAUGUGGCGCGGAAUGUGCGCCUUCCACUGGACACGUUCACGAUCACCGCCCCCGAGGUUGCAAAGCUCUAUGAGAGGCGACUGGCGCUUGUUCGCCCAGAUGGAAUGGUUGCCUGGCGUGGAGAUGUGCUCCCGGAUGAUCUCGAGGGGCUUGUGGACCGUGUACGAGGCGUUUCCCUGUCUACGAAGCACCAGUAG